UGUGUGCAGGUGGCCACUUUCCACUAUACAGGACACUCGCUCUCCACCGAUAGGUGUUUGUUUCUAUAUCACUGGUGACAUCAUAAUGGUGGAUAGAAAAAGAACAGCAGUCGUUAAGUCGGAGGAUGAGGAUGAUGAUGACGUUCCAUUGAACAAGAAGGUGAAGGUUGAAGUCAAAGAUGAAGAGGAUGAAGACGACGACGACGACGACGAUGAUGAGGAAGAGGACGACGAGAACGGGACUGCAGAACCAAAAGACGAAGCUAAGACCGAAGAGAACGACGAAGAGGAUGAGGAAGACAACGACGAAGAAGACGAGGCAGAGGAGGAGCGCAAACGCAUCACCAAUUUCAACUUUGAUGGUGUCACCUACUCGUUCAAAGAAAGACCGUCUGUGAUCGAGGAAAAAGAUGGCAAAAUCGAGUUCAGAGUGGUCAAUAACGACAAUACUAGGGAAAACUUGAUUGUGUUGACGGGGUUGAAGAACAUUUUCCAGAAGCAAUUGCCCAAAAUGCCCCGAGAGUAUAUUUCCAGAUUAGUGUACGAUAGAUCACACUUGUCCAUGGCUGUGGUGAGAAAGCCGUUGACUGUGGUCGGAGGAAUCACAUAUAGACCAUUCAACAACAGAGAGUUUGCCGAGAUUGUCUUCUGUGCCAUCUCAUCCACCGAGCAAGUGCGUGGUUACGGUGCACAUUUGAUGAAUCAUUUGAAAGACUACGUCAGAGCAACAUCGCCUAUCAAGUACUUUUUGACGUAUGCUGAUAACUACGCCAUCGGGUAUUUCAAAAAGCAAGGAUUCACCAAAGAAAUUUCCUUGGAUAAGUCCGUAUGGAUGGGAUACAUCAAGGAUUACGAGGGUGGUACCCUAAUGGAGUGUUCGAUGUUGCCGUCAAUCUUAAGGUAUCUUGAUUCGGGUAAGAUUCUUCUACUUCAAAAAGCAGCAAUUGAGAAGAAGAUCAAACAAAGAUCCAAAUCACAUGUGGUCAGACCAGGAUUACAGAUAUUCAAGACAAGCAAGAACGUCAAGCUCGACCCAAGUGAUAUCCCAGGGCUCGUGGAAAGUGGCUGGCUGGAUGAGAUGGACAAAUUGGCACAGAAACCAAAGAGGGGUCCCCACUAUAACUUCAUGGUGACGUUGUUUUCAGAGUUGAGUAGUCAUGCUUCGGCCUGGCCAUUUGCGGUUCCUGUCAAUAAGGAAGAGGUGGCAGACUACUACGAGGUCAUCAAGGAGCCCAUGGAUUUAUCUACGAUGGAACUGAAGUUGGAGAACAACAAAUAUGAAACUUUCGAUCAAUUCUUGUACGAUGCUAGGCUUAUUUUCAACAAUUGUCGGUCUUAUAACAGUGAGACCACCACAUAUUAUAAGCAUGCAAACAAAUUGGAGAAGUUCUUCAACAACAAGAUUAAGGAGAGUGCAGAAUACUCUCACCAUCUCGAAUGAGCAUUCACUAUUCUGGGAAUAAGAAUGUUAGCUCUGUAUUAAUAGACGACAUAAUGAGUAGAUCAAGUCUGAGCGUAG